AUGGAAAAGGGAUCUCGGGCGCGAUAUGCUACUGGAACUAGUCGGAAUAUGGAAUUUUUGAUUCUCGGUUCAAAUGGGACUUGGUCCAACAUAUGGGCAUUGUCAUAUAAUGGAGAUGAUGAGUAUGAGCUGACAAACAUCUAUGAAGAAGAUGACCGUCACACGUUGGAUAUGAAAAGUCGUACAUGUACUUGUAGAGAGUGGGACCUAAGUGGUAUACCGUGUCCACAUGCAGUGGCAGCAAUAUACAGUGCUGAAGGCACUCCAGAGGCAUAUGUAGAUAUGAGCUAUAGGGAAGAGACUUACAAGAAAGCUUACCAGUACAUGAUGAAGCCAGUGAGGGGUAAAAUAUUCUGGCCUAAUAGUGGUAAAGAACCUAUAGCACCACCUCCAUAUAGGAAAAUGCCUGGGCGGCCCAAAAAAUCAAGAAGAAGGAAACCAGAAGAACCUCGAGUGGGAAAAUUAUCAAAGAAGGGAAAGGUAAUGACAUGUCGUUUCUGCAAUGAAGUUGGUCAUAAUAUCAGGGGCUGUCCUCAUCGGGGAACAUCUACUACUUCCCUAACCAAGAGAGCUAGAAAGGAUGAAGCAUCCGGAUCACAAACCAAGUCUAGGCCUUCAGAUGAACUACUUAGAGAGUUUCCAAUAUCGAAGAAGAAAUCAAGGAGGUCAAGAGGAACCAUGCCACCAUAUGAAUCAAAUGAAGAACAACAGCCUAACAUUGAUAUAAGGCUAGCUGAACUACAACAGCCUGAUCUUGACGAAGCGGAUCGACAACAGCCUGAAAUUAAUGAAGCACAACCACAUGAACUUGAACAACAACAAAUUCAGUUUCAGUGCAGUCAGCCUUUAUGUGGAUGCGAACCACAGUCACAACCUAACUCUCCAAGGGGACCACUUUUACAAUCCAACUCAGUAGACCAGAUGGUGGACUUGAAUGCAUACACUGAACAUUUGAGGACCGAAGCUACAAGAAAAAUGCAAACAUUGAAAGAAUCGUAUACUAAAAGUGAAAUUAUUGAUAACUCAACUAUAGCACCAAUUGCUAGUGGCAGAGGAAGAGGAAGAGGCAGGGGACUUGGACGAGGAAGAGGAAGAGGCAGGGGACUUGGACAAGGAAGAGGAAGAGGAAGAUUUGCUGUUGGCCCGGGUUGUUUCAUCGAUGAGGAUACUGGUGCUGGUACAUUUAAUCCUGGUACAAAGAUUGCCACUCCUUUGUUUGGAGCUUACGGGACGCCGCAAUCACAAAUCCCUCUUAAACCUGAUCCUAGGACAUCAUCAAGCGGCCAAUCUUCUGCUCUGGUGUUAGAGUUCAAAAAAAGAGAACUUAAGUGGAAAGGGAAAGCUGCUGUAACCGCUAGCCAGCUACAAAAAGAGGUUGAGAUGAAGAAAUCUGAAAUGAUUGGAAAGAAAGAAAUCAGAUUGGGAUGCAGUACGUGUCCAAAGCCAACAAAAAAAAAUUGAGAAUUUAUUUGCCUUUUGUUAUAGGGCAUCACCAAGUCCUUUUAAUAGGGGCUGAUUUUUGUAUGAAGUAGAAGUCAUAUUAAUGAACUUGUCUUCAAGUCCUCUGUAUAGGGACUAAUUUUUGCAUUUUGGAGAAGUCAGUUUAAUGAACUUGUCUUAAAAGUGUAAUGAAUGUUAUAUUUUGGUUAUGUAAUGAAUAUUGACAAUA